UUCGAUAAGAGUAUCAUUAAAUGUCGAGUAACUUUCAUGAAUCUCUGAUUGAAACCCAGAAAUUCGGCGUUAUUUUUUUUCAUGUCUCUGGUAUUAAACUGAUAAGACAUAACUGAAAUAGUUUUGGGUCUUCCCUUAGAUCUUAUCUCGUCAAGAAGCUGUCCAUAUAGCUCUUGCAAAACCUCAUAAACAGCCCACGUCUUCUCAUCUUCAAGCACAACCAUUCAGUAUUCAAAUAAUAAUAAUAAAACACAGCCAUUCCAGUGAGUCAUAUGAUGGAUAAUGAAUGCAGUUUCCAGAUUAGGGGAACACCCCCGAACAAGUGAGCCUACAUCUGCAGACAACAAAGUGGACCUGACUUUCAAACCUAAAAGGAAGAGCAUUCCAUUCCCAGCUCUACAGACUUCGGAGCUAUAUCACCAGGGUCUUGCAUAAUAUGUUGUAAAUCGGAUACCUUUCCUUUGCAGUUUUUCCUUUUUCCAGCUUCAAAGCUGAAGCCUUGAUGUAAAACUUAAUGAAGUAUGAAUUUAUUGCCAUUUUCUUUCAGGGAAACUUUUAAUUGUACAUAUUUUGUGGCAGUUGUUUUUUUUUUUUGGUUCAACGUCAGUUGUGAUUUAUUUCUCAAGAAUUCGAAGAAUUGAUCUCUUCUUAGUUGAUUAUUGUAAGCGUCCCUCAAUGUGAAAAUGAAUAACAUUUGACAAAAGUCGAGACAAUUCUUCACUCUGUAAUUUGUAGGUACAUUGUAGAUGUUCCCAUUAUUUUCUAGAAAACUGAGUCCAAAGGUUUUUUUAUUUUAUUUUGAAACUACUUUAGAGUAGGAUAAAGUGAUCAAGUUCCUCAAAAGCAGAAUAGAAAACGAAAAAACAAUUAUUUUUAUUUUUAUUUUAUCGAUUUACUUGAACUUUUUUUUUUUUAAUUCUAUUCUAAAUAUGUUUAAUAAGAAAAGUUGGCAGGCAGGCAGCUACUGUUGCCCAUAGCAGAUCUGAAUGCAAAGCAAAACUAGUGAUCUCAAAUGGCAGAUUGGUCUCAACUCCCACAAGAGCUUCUAGUUCUAAUAGCCGAACGCCUUGAAGCCCGAUUUGAUGUUGUCAGAUUCCGAUCUGUCUGCUGUUCGUGGCGUUCCUCUGUUCCACCAAAACUUUACCCUUUUCGACCUACAUAUCGCCGAACCCGAGGUAGACUUGAGGAGUCUCUGAGCCAUAUCACCAGAUAUACCUUUUACCUUUUAAGAUCGUCUCGCGGCGACGAAACAAAAGCACCUGCUUGCUGGUUGGUCAAAAUCAGAGAAGGAAGCCGCGGUGUCAAAAUGCAACUGUUGAAUCCUUUUUCAGAUUCUAAGCUGGAAUCUCUUCCAAGAAACUUUCCAAAGGUAUUGGAUUUAACCAACUUUCAAGUCAUUGAAUUGGGUCAUCAAUAUAUUGGUCUGUAUAAUGUGUAUAUUGAUCAUCCUUUAGAGCCCCUAUGCUACGACUACAGAAAAAAAGUAGUUCUGCAGCAGUCAAGUACCAAUUGUGAUGAUUUUAUAAUAUUUGCGUCUUUCCGAUGCCCGGCUUUUCUGAGGUCGGGAGAAAAGGAAUGGACUGUGCUUGAACAUGUGUAUGACAUUCAGGAUAUUAUUUCAUUUAAUGAGAAAUUCUAUGCCAUUGACCUAAAUGGCAAAACUAGAGUCAUUGACCAAUCUUUAAACGUUAGUUUCCUACCACAUGUAGGCUCUCCCCGUAGCAGAAAGUUCUUGGUUAAGUCCCAUGAUAAUUUGUUGGCUGUUGAAAUGCUUUCCAAUCCAGAUAAGGGUGUUGGUUUUAGAGUGUUUAGGAUGAGUGAAGAAGAUCACAAGUGGGAUGAGAUGGAAAGUUUAAGGGAUCGGAUUUUAUUUCUGGGUUUUUAUGGAGCAGUUUCAGCGCCAGCUUCUGAAUUCUAUUGGGGUAAAGGAAACCUCAUCUUCUAUCCCGGAGGCCUCUUCGACUCUCCACAUGAUCCUGACCCUGAAUUUAGACUUGUCUUUGUGUUUGAUUUAGAAACUGGUACUGCCUGCCCUUUAGAGAAUUGCCCUGCCUACUGUAACUUGUUCUGGCCACCUCCACAAUGGGUAACUUAUUCAGAAUCAGUGAUUUUUUUGACUGAAGUUAUAAGCAACUCUACUCAUUCGAUAAGUUCUGCUACACUAGAAAAUGAAUGCAUGUCUCCUGAAUCCAGUUUCGCUCUCUCUCCAACAGCAAUUACCCCAAAAAGAGUAACUUAUCUGGCAGGAAAAGAAGUCGGCAGUGAGCAACCCUCUCCAAGGUCAAAGUGCAGCUUCAAAUUCUGCUGUUUCUAACUCCUCUCAAGACUCCCAUUUACCCAUAGAUGUAUAAUAUUUAUUGAAAACGUGUGCAGGCAUGUAUAAACUAUUAUGAUUUUUCCUUGCUUAUCUCUAUAUGGACAACAUCAUUUCCAACAA